AUGAUGGGGAUGGACGACGGCGACGUCGUCCUCGAGGCUAAUCCAGCGGUGGAUGCUCUUCUUGAGUUGGACGAGAUGUCAUUCGAAGAGUUUGGAUGUGUCUUGAAGGCAGGCGAUUUAGCCGAAUUGGUCAUUAAACGACCAAAUGAGGAGAUUAACUCGUUGUCGCUUCAGAAUGAAGCUGUCCUGGAGGACAUUAAGAGGUUGCUGAACGCACAAGGUGGACCGUCGAUUCUUAUAGGUGUUAAGGAUCUGUACUAUUCUUUGGUAAAGGAAUUUCAAGACGUCGUCUCCAAAGACCCGCCGACGGUCCUACCUCCGGACCGAGGUGUGCGUCAUGAGAUUGACCUGGUUCAGAGAGCCAAAUACUGCGUGACACGCCAAUGGCCGCUGCCAAAGGAGCAGUGUGACGUCAUUGAGGCCUUUUUCCAUGCAAAGCACGAGGCAAAAAUGGUGCGUGAGAUCAAGUCUCCCAUUUGA